AGCUAAGCGUAUUUAUUCAGAGUCGAUUUCUAUUUGUUCAGUAUGUUCAGUAGAGUAUUGAUUAUCGUUGGAAAUGCUUGUUGUUGGAAAGAGAUUUUCGUGAUUAGGUGGAUUAGAUUGCACAGUAAUGUUGGUAGUAAUAUUUUUGAAGUCAGUAUAUUUAUUAAGCGAGUUUAAGGAGUUGUUUAAGUUAGAAAUGAAAGAGGCUGUUGUUGGACUGAAAAGUUUGGGUUUUAAGAAAGAGUCUUGUUGGAUACAGUUGUCGCUGAUAUUUUUAGCUGAAUGUGAGACGUUGUUGUAGUCAGAACUGAUCGAUGUAGGCUUGUUGAUGGAAGUAUGCUUAUUGUUGGCGUUUGAUGAGUGAUUUUUGCUAGUUAAAGAUUUUAAUGAUGAGUUGGGUGCAGAGGUGACCUCUGCGUUUUGUUUUGAUGUAGUAGGCAAGUCAUUGUCGGCGGUUCUAUGAGUAUUUUUAAAUUUUGUGGAAUUGUUGAUGGCUGAAAUUUUUGUUGGUGUGGUGGUUACAGAGGGUACCUCUUUUGAAGGUUGAAGCACAUGUGCAAAGCUAGCAGUGAGGGAAGGGAGGGAAGUAUUUUCUCUAUACUUUUUGAGGGCUUCGUGCAUACUGCACUUUUCUAGUGUCUUUAUUUUUAAAAUUUCUUUGGUUUGCAUAUACUUUGGACACGUAUAGUCUGAAGAGCGAUGCUCGCCAGGACAAUUCGCACACAUAACUCGGAUGCAGUCAUUAUCGUGUGGAGAAGGAAAAUUGCAAAUUUCGCAAUGUUUUUGUGUAUGACCCAAUUUCUGGCAUGACCUGCAGCGCAUUGGAUUAGGCACGUACGGUCGCACAGAAGUCAUCUUCCAUGCGAUGUUUAUUUUGUUUGGAAGGGAAUAACUGUUGAAUGAUAUUAGCAUAACACCAGUAGGCUUUAUAACACCUUCAACUUUGCGAGUGAACUUAUAAACCGCGGAAACUUCGUAAGAACUCAGUCCUUCUAUUAUUUCGCUUUCAGGCACAUCGUUUAAGAACGGUGCAUAAAUGGUGCCUUCGUUACAAUUAAGAUGUUGAUGAUAGCUAGCGCUAACAGCGCCAAUGUUGAAAAGACAUUUCGUUUUUAUAAACUUUUCUGAUACUUGCUUAUUUUUCAUUAGCAGUAAUAGGCUGCCGUCGCGUAAUUCACUAAUUUUGUUUAUAUCUUUACUCACGGUAAGUAAGGCAUUGUAAACACGAAAACAAGAAACCUUCGAAAGCGGUGUAGUAUUCUCAUCGGAUUUAAUCACUAUAUACUUUGGGGCAUCACUUUUUAUUGGCGGUAAGUCAGGAAAAGCAUCUUGCAGUUUUUGAUACGAUUUUUUACGUUUUGGUUGGGGACCUUGGGCCAGCGCAGCAAACCUGUUGUCCCCGAACUGGAAGCCCACCGGGGGCAUAAUGGAAAAAUUAUAAUACACUUAUAUAAGUAUUGGAUUAUAUUUCUCACUUAAAAUAAGUAUUAAUCGCGUUACUUAAGUAAGCAGAUCGGUGUGCAAAAAAAAAACACCAAAAGAGAGCUAUAUGAAUAGCUGUAAACUCAGAGAAAGACGCUAACUCAAUAAUCAAUAAAUAAAUACGCCAGAGACAUUAAAUUUUACCUCCGAGAUGGCAUAAAAAUCAAAAUUGCACAAUGAGCGUGGCAACUCUCACUUUUUGAUGAAAUCCUAUAUCUCGGGACUCGACUCGACAAAAUUGAGUGGCAUAGUGGCAUUCACAGUACGUAAAUGGACGAAAUCGGACAGUAACUAUGCCUACUUCCCAUAUAGAACACUUUUAAGUUAUUAAUUUUCCAGUACACAAAUCAAGAAGAAAUUAAUAUAACGGGGUAAAACUUUGCACAAAUGAUGCCUUUAGUGUUCAAGCCUCUCUGUCAAUAGUAUGUCUGUGUAUCAAAAAUGGGUUGAAUCGGGCCAAUACUUCCAUUAGCAUCCAAUAUACCUAAUACAUAUAUAUUUUCGAACUUCCAAGUGACUUUGUACUGCAUAUAGCGGCCAAUAUGUGAGUUAUCUCAGUGAAAAUCAGAGAGCGGGUUUUACUCAUAGAAGUGUAUCUUUGUACCUAAGAUAGGUAAAUUUUAGCGAAAACUUUACCUAGUCCCUAAAUAACUAAUAUCAAGAUUUUUAAACUUUCGGUUGCAUUUUCUUUAUAUUAUUGGUUUUUUAGUACUUGGUAUGUGAAUAGUUUGUAAUAUUGGAAAAAAUAAAGAAAAUCGGGUCCCAACUCCCAUGUACUACAUUUAAUGAUUUUUGUUUUUCUAACAAACCUUAAGGGUUUGUCAGUGAAUAUAUAGUUGCGAGAGUAUAAAACGGACUUAUCCCUUCCUGACUUGUUUUGAGUAAUCUUAUACAUGGUAACAACUUUCAAACAAACGUUUCAAUGUAUGUACAUAUAUACUAUUGCCUUAUUCCAAAAUUUCAAACCACCAGAACAUAUUUAGGCCGACAAAAAUGGUGCAUAGAUAUACAACAACUUGUAAAAUCUGCAAAUACAUCGGAAUACAAAAAUAAAUUUUGAAUUAUUAAAUUUAUAUCAUCACAAAAAGUAUUUUGGAAUUGCAGCUACAUGGAAUUUCUGCGCCACACCCUAAUGUAAGAUGGGGAGGAGAGUACUGACGCGAAAGCCUAGUAUGCAGCGUAUUACGGCGAAUCACAUACGAGUACGCAACUCUCAAAGUUUUUCCGAAUGGGCAGAAAAUGCAUUUUCGAUAAUACUUUUUUUUUCAAUAUUUAUUUAUUUAUUUAUUGGAUCUGUUUGGUAAAGCCAAAGUAUUCAAAUCAUAAAUCUAAGCCUCAGUUCGUGAGACUUUCCUAUUUUUCAAGGUUAAGUCGACAUGAAUUGAUUUGUUGUCGUUUAAUUUUAUGCGCCACUUAGAUGCCCACUUAGUAAUUGCGUUGAGUGCUGUUUGCACUCGUCGACUAGGUACUAAAAUUGUCUCUCCAGAUGCUAACAAAGCUGUGUCAUCUGCAAAGGUCGCUGUCAUAUAACUAGAAUCAGAUGGGAGGUCACUGGUAAAAAACAAAUAAAGCAUUGGCCCCAACACGCUUCCCUGGGGAACACCCGCUUCUAUUGGUUGCAAGUUUGAAUAUACAUCCUCUUGUUUAAUGCGGAAGUAUCUAUCUUUUAAGUACGAAGAAUUAUUUCACAAAAUUGUUUGGAUAGCAUUUUUUUCCAUUUGAGCAGUAGACCCGUAUGCCAAACUUUGUCAAAAGCUUGAGACACGUCUAAAAAGGCCACCGUACAAACGUUCUUUUUAUCGAUUAUAUUUUCAACAAAUUUAAGGAUUCGGUGUACCUGCUCACGGAAGCCAAAUUGAUGUGCUGGUAUUAGGUCUUUAUGAGCGAUUAUUAGUUUGAGCCUAUUUAUGAGUAUAUUCUCAAAGAUUUUAAAUAAACCUGGCAGCAGAGAAAUUGGUCUAUAUGAUGUAUCAUCGUGUACUGGCUUACCCGGCUUAGGUAUCAUUAUGACUUCAGAUACUUUCCAAAGCGAUGGGCAUUUUUUUUACACCUGUCUUAAAACAUUCAUUCAUUCGUUUUGGCCCAUGCAGUUUGUUUAGUUUUAAUGGUGCUAUAUAUUUUAUUUGUUUAUUAAUAUUUCUUUCAGCUUUCUCGAGAGAAAAGUCGGUGGACUUAUCAGCUGUGAGUUUAGACAGAUAAGUUUUGAAGGAAAAAUUUUUAAACUGUUUAAUUUGUGUUCUUAGUUUCGCUGUACAUUUAUUAAGCUCUGUUCUAAGCGCAGAGGACCUAGUUUGCUGCCAUCUCCGUCGUAGCUUGCGCUUUUUACGAAUACUUCCUUGAUUUACGCGGGUAUUUGAUGUACUUUUUCACGCAGCGUUUUGAAUUAUUUUUGGGAAAUCUUCAACCUCACAAUCCAUCUCAAUACCAAUCAAUAUGUGCUUAAGCUUAGGGUCGACUUUAUUCACUAUACUAUUAAAUUUAUACCAAUUAAUGUGUUUAUUACAUAACUUUGGCUUGGCGGCUGAAAUAAAUGGCUUUUCAUACAGAAUUAGUAUCACUGGUGAAUGGGCAGAGCUUAGGUCUGGGCAAUCUUUAAUACAUAACUUGAGUUUGGGUAGUUUAUUAAUUAUAAAGAAGUCAAGAAAGUCUGGCAAUUUCUGUCUAUCUAUAGGCCAAUAAGUGGGUCUUCCUGUAGAAACAAAAUUGCAUCAAACUGCUUGAUGACGACAAGUUACCAUUGUAGAAGGAUUGUGAAGCUACCUUAAAUAGACGGUACCAGCACCUAUCAGCUGAAGGCGCAUGAUCUUCGAGGACGAGACCCAUAGCAGCAGCCAGCGCGAACCACGUGAAGCAGCCUCAUAUGAAUGGAACGAAGUCCGCUUUAGUUGCAGCGAAUACAAAGCAGCCGACAUGCCAGCAGUGUAAAUCGAAGGACCACUAUUUAACAGCUUGCCCCACUUUUAAAACUCUCUCUGUUCAACAGAGAUUUGAGUUUGUCAAAUCGGGACAUACGGUAUCCAAAUGCAGAGCGGAUCGAUGGCGCGUGUGUAAUCGGUCCCACCACAUAUUACUGCACCAGCAUCCUGUAUCCGUCGCUGCUGAACCUCAUCCGCAACCAACAACAACUACACACGCAAUGCAUACAAUAAGUCUGCCUGAUCAGGUAAUGUUGGCAACAGCAGUUAUUCUGGUGAGAUCAAGCUGUGGAGAGUACCUGCCCGCAAGAGCCUUGCUAGACUCAGGAAGUCAAGUCAACUUCAUGACGGAGGAUUUGGCCCAAAAACUGCGGAUUCGACGCCAAAACAGGCCAUUAAAUAUCAUAGGGAUUGGAAAUUCAAGUACAAAAGUCGGGGCCAAAUUAAGCGCAUUUGUUAAGCCGCGCGUAAAUAAUUACGAAUUUUCGGCGGAAUUCUGGAUUAUGCGAUGUAUUUCGGCUAAUCAUCCAGACCAUACCAUUAAUAUUAAUGGUUGGAAAAUUCCGCACAAUAUUAAAUUGGCGGAUCCAGAAUUCCAAAAAUCUCAAAAGAUCGAUAUGUUAUUAGGGGCGGAAACCUUUUUCGAUUUGUUAGCGGUUGGUCAAAUUAAAAGUGGCCCUAAUCAACCAACGCUACAGAAAACUCUUUUGGGAUGGAUUGUUUCUGGCAAAUAUGUCAGCAGUCUUAGUCCUCCUCCCGAAGUAAAUAGCACAUUAUGCCAAACUGAAGAAGACUUAACGUCAAUAGAUUCUGUAGUCCAAAAAUUCUGGGCUCUGGAGGAACUUCCUUCAGAAACAAUUGGCAACAAAUUCACACCUGAACAAAAUGAGUGUGAACAAUUUUUCGUCAAUACAACUGAAGUAUUACCUUCAGGAAGGCUUCAAGUCAGAAUGCCCUUUAAAGCUGACCGUAAGUUACUCGGUCACUCCUAUGAAAUCGCAGUUCGGCGGUUUCAGGCCCUGGAGAGGAAAACAUUGAAAGAUCCAGAACUUCGAAAAAUGUAUCUGGACUUCAUGAAUGAGUAUAAAGCGCUGGGUCACCUGAGCCCAACAAAUAAUAAGAUCCCGAGUGAACCACACUAUUUCAUUCCGCAUCAGUGUGUUUUGAGGCCCGAAAGCACAACAACAAAAUUACGAGUUGACUUUGAUGCGUCGAGUCGUACUUCUUCUCAAAUUUCAUUAAAUGAACUUUUGAUGGUAGGCCCAACCAACUUGUACUCAACUCUUUUUCGUUUUCGUUUACAUAAGUACGCUUUAACGGCAGACAUUACUAAAAUGUACCGCCAAAUAAUCCUACAUGAAGAAGACAGAAACUGUCAGCUCAUUGUGUGGAGAGAGCAUUCCUCAAAGCAAAUUCAGAUUUUUCGACUUAACACCGUCACUUACGGCACUGCGCCUGCACCAUUUCUUGCAACUCGGUGUUUACAAAUGCUCAGCGAUGCUAAUACAACUAAAUACCACUCGGUUCAUUGGCCAUUAAAAGAGACUUUUACGUUGACGACUUGUUAACAGGAUCUGACAAUUUUGAGUCUCUAGAUCUUAUAAGAAGUGAAGUAAUUAAAUAUUAAACUCGGCCGGAUUCACCUUAACGAAGUGGUUUUCGAACCACCCUAAAUUUUUCGACAUUAAUUGUACUGAAAAGUCAUUAAGCUUCAAUGACAAAAACCCAACUAAAACACUAGGAAUCUAUUGGUUGCCGAAAGAGGAUUUGUUUCGAUUUAUUUUGGAUGCUAAUUUUAAGGAACUGCGAGCUACUAAACGAAACAUAUUAUCAGUUUCUGCCCGCCUUUUCGAUCCUCUUGGAUUAUUAGCCCCACUAGUUACCAAAGCAAAAAUCAUAUUGCAGGAGCUUUGGAUCCAAAAACUAGAUUGAGAUGAGUCGAUUCCAUUGCGCCUUGAUACUAGCUGGCAGAAUUUCAAAGCCAACCUACUGCAGCUGCCAUCAAUUAGCAUUCCUCGAUACGUAAAUCUAGAGUCGAGUGCUAUCUGCCAAAUACAUGGUUUCUCUGACGCUUCAAUAAGAGCGUACGGAUGCUGCAAAUACAUACGAAGCCAAUCUGCUAGUGGUGUCAAAUGUACGCUGCUUACUGCAAAGUCUAGAGUGGCUCCGCUGAAGACCAAGUCUCUUCCGCGUCUCGAGCUCUCGACAGCACAUCUUCUUGCCAAAUUAUGGUCACGAGUUGCGCCAAUGUUGAAUCGACAAUUUUAAAAAAUUAUAUUUUGGACAAACUCUGAAAUAGUAUUGCAUUGGGUAAAGACGCAUCCAUCUUCAUUACAAACCUUUGUUGCAAAUAGAGUGUCUGAAAUCCAAGAAUUGACUGACAAUAUAAAUUGGCGACAUGUGCCAACAAAACAAAAUCCUGCGGAGCAAGUGUCUCGGUGUUGCAACGAGGAUGAAUUGAACAAUUCAAUAUGGUUUGGCGGUCCACACUUCCUCCUAGAAGACCCCGCUUUAUGGCCAAUUAACACUCACUUCCAGCUCUCCCCAGACGAUGAAGCAUUAGAGAAGAAGAAAAAUACUUUCACACUAGCCAUAAAUGUGAAAGAGAACUCACUAUUGAACCUUAUCGAAAAAUUCUCUUCUCAUCAAAAAUUGCUUCGUGUGGUUGCCUAUCUAUUACGGUGGAUUAGACGACCAAAAAUGCCUACAGAGGGAAGGGACCUGACAUCUGGCGAAUUACACUUGAGUUUCUUGAAAAUUGUUAAGGUGAUUCAACAUUCGGAAUUUGCGAAUGAAAUCCAAAAACUGACGAAAGGCACUACGCUACCCGCAAACUUGCAAAAACUCAAUCCGUUUUUGCAUGAGUUCUCGGAAAUGUCGCUUUCAUUCAAAUUAAUCCGAGUAGGAGGUCGUCUUUUAAACGCACCUCUCCCAUACGAUGCCAAAUUCCCAUUAUUACUAAAUAAGAAUUCGCACUUCGUUAUCAGUUAUUUACGGUUCCUGCACUUCCGAAAUCACCACGCCGGGGCCAAAGCGUUGGUUGCGCAUCUUCGAGAACGCAUAUGGGUGAUUAAUGCAAGAUAGGCAUGCAGUAGAACCGUUAGAAACUGUACACACUGCUUUCAUUAUAAGCCGAAGUUGCAAACCCAAAUAAUGGGAAACUUGCGGGUAGAAAGACUUCGAGCGCUACGACCCUUUCUUAUAUGUGGCGUAGAUUUUUGUGGUCCAAUUUAUACUACAUUGAAAAUACGUACGUCCGACCACCGUAAAAACCAAUAUCGCAGUUUUCGUUUGUUUCACGUCUAAACUUCAUUGGUCGCCGAGGGAUGGCACAGACGACAUACAGCGACAACGCAACGAACUUUGUCGGCGCCGAUCGCAACAGGCGUUUCUGUUCCAGGAGGCGACAGUGAAGUCCGCCAAACACCCCGCCGUGCGCACAAUGGGCAACGCCAUCCUCAACUCGUGGCCCCUCGCACCGUUGAGACAGGAUCCCAACGACGGCGAAGUAUUGACUCCAGCACACCUACUAAUAGGGUGCUCCCUCUGAGCCUUACCACCGACACAAGUGUCAACGGACCCAGUUCGCUAUUGCGAGAGAUGGCAACUUGUUUGCUGUGUCAAGCAACAGUUUUGGCGACAGUGGUCCAAAACGUACAUUACCAGUCUUCAGGAGCGCAACAAAUGGCUGCACCCGAAACGCAACCUGCAGCCCGGCGAUCUCGUCCUCGUCCACGAAGACAACACGCCACCGCAGCAGUGGGCACUAGGACGAAUCGCCGCAACCGUAGAAGGACGAGACGGAAAGGUGCGAGUGGCAGACCAAGGCAGGCACCAUUAAGCGCCCUAUUCACAAGCUCGCCCUGUUGCCUGUCGAAGUUGAAGGAUCAUGAUCCUGUCAAGGUGGCCGAUAUUGCGUCAUGCGACUUUAUAAAUCAAAAAAAUAUUUUUUAAGAAAUAAAUUUGUUAAAAUAUUUGUAUACAUUAUAAAAUGUUUUACAUCAUGUAAAAUACUUACAAUUUUUGUAAUAUACAAGUAUAACCAUAACCAUCAUCUACUACCUAUGUAUUAGAAUAAUCUAUUACAAUGGACUUAAGAUUGCUGAAUUGAAUUAGAACUACUUACUUACCCCUUUUUGUAUACAUACUUACCUCUAGUCUAAGCCGUUAGGUUAAGAUUUAUAGCGGGAUUCUGUAACCAGUCUCUAGUUGAGACAUUUUGAGGCAAAGUCUCAAUUUGAGACUAGUUACUAUUCACUAAACAGUCUCUAGCGUUAGUCUCAAAAUAACGAGACCUGGUAGUUAGCAGGUCACAAAACUAAAAAGAGCUCUUGUCUGCCAUUUUGAAUAUACUGAAUAGAGAUCAUCAUAGAUAUUAAUCGAUUGUCGUUUCUUUAUAUUUUGUAAGCAACUCAAACACGAAAAGAUGAAAAAUAAAUCAAUUUUACAUAAAUUUCGUAAAUAUUAUGAAACAAAGUCAACAUUUAUUUUUAUUUUUAAUGAUAAUUACGUUUUUUGACUAUGUUAUAGAAAAUUUAAUAUUUGUUAUCGACAUAUUUAUUUUCAUUCAAAAAAACAAAAAACAUCUCUGAAUAAUGAAAUGUAAUAGAUUUUGUGACUGUCACUUACAGAAUAGCAAAAUCAUCUCAAGUCUCAAAAAUUGUCUCUAACUCAAAAUCUCAAAUUUAGAGACUUGAGACUGUCUCACGUUACAGAAUUGAAUGGUUAGGCUAACUAAUGAACUGUUUAAAUAAAGAAUGCUAUUAAAUUAAAGACU